AUGUCCGGCAAGCAAAAAACCCAUCCCCUCAAUGGGGUGCACACAGCGGGAAUCUUUUCCGACAUGACGGUCGACGGCCCCGAGAUUGGCACCCUUGUCGUUAUCGUCGACAGGGCGAAGAACCUCCCGAACCGCAAGACCAUUGGAAAGCAAGAUCCUUACUGCGCAGCACGACUCGGGAAGGAGGCGAAGAAGACGAAGACGGAUAUUAGAGGCGGACAAACUCCAAGAUGGGACCAAGAGCUCCGAUUUACCGUGCACGACUCGCCUGAUUACUACCAGUUGAAAGUGUCCGUUUUCCACGACGAUAAGAAGACCGACUUGAUAGGCGAGGGGUGGAUUGAUCUGAAAGAGAUCAUCGUUCCUGGAGGCAACCAGAACGACCUGUGGCAUAACCUAUCAUGCAAGGGCAAAUACGCAGGCGAGAUCCGCGUCGAACUGACCUACUACGAUACUCGGCCCAAACCCGAGAAACCCGUGGCCAAGCCGAAGCCUAUCCAGACAGACCAGGCCGUCAAUGGGGCGAGCCAGCCGCAGAGGUCUCCUAUCAAGAGACGUCCGCUUCCUUCAGACCCUGUCACCGGCGAGGACCCGCAUCCCAAAGAAGUAGCGCCAGCUCCAGCUCCAGCUCCCGCCCCGGCUCCCGAACCCCUGCGACCCCUUCCCAGGAAGCAGCCCUCGGCGUACAUACCCACUCAAUCUCCUCUUCAAGCCGUCGAGUAUGGAACACCACCUCCUCAACCGCAGCCUCCGCGACAAUAUCCGCCUGAGAACUAUGCGCCCAGUCAAGCUGCAGCCCCCCCUCCACCUCAAUCCCAACAUCCGCGACAGUACCCGCCUGAGAACUACGCCCCUGAGAGCUACGUGCCUAGUCAAGCCUCCGCUCCUGCUCCUCCUCCUCAAUCACAACAUCCGCGGCAGUACCCACCCGAGAACUAUGCGCCUAGUCACGCCCCGGCUUCCAGUCCUUCUCUCCCCCCUCAGCCCCAGCUUACACGACAAUAUCCGCCGGAGAAUUAUGUGCCAACGAGUCAAGCUUCUGCUCCUGGCCCUUCUCCUCCUCCCCCUCAUCAGUCUCAGCCUCCGCGACAGUAUCCGCCUGAAAAUUAUGCGCCUAGUAGUCCCGUUCCUCCUGUGCCGCAACCUCUGACCCCUCGACAAUAUCCGCCUGAGAAUUAUGAGCCUUCCAGUCAACCAUCCGUCCCUGGUCCUCCUUUCCCCAAACCCCUAACCCCUCGGCAAUACCCACCCGAGGAUUACGCGCCUACAGGUCAAGGUCCUCCUCCCGCUGCGCCGGCCCAUGGGCCUGCGCAUUUGAUCCAGUAUGAGACUCCUCCCCCGCCGCCUCGGCGCCAUACGGAUCGAUAUGACAAUUCUCCUCAUCAACUCGACGAGCGAAACUACAGCCCCAGCUACUCUGCUCAGCAUUUCGACCGUCAUGAUACCCAUAAUCAGUUCAGUCCCGCCCCUGAACAUUAUACCCCGCCUCCGCCUCCUCAUAUGGAUGAGCAACGAUUCGAACUUCCCCCCGAUGAUGAGCGACCGCCUCCGCCACCAGUUCACCGAUCUAGGACUAGUAGUGCCCAUGAACUGGUAGUGCGGGGUGCGUUUGACACAUCACCCCAAAAGGGGACACCGCCGAUGAGGCACGACGUGCUGAGAAACGAAGCUCAUCGUAACUCGGUGUCUAGGCCCGUGUAUCAGGCCUACGACGGGGGAUCUGCAUCUCCUCACCAAGUAAAUAGCAGUGGCUACGAGCCAUCGCCUCCACGACAUCAGCGCUACGAUUCGGCAGCGCACGACGGCUAUCAACGUGGAAUGCAACCCAAGGUCGAGGACGCUCCGGACUCUCCUACGCCUGCCAGGUAUCACGCGUACCGUCAGAGCGAUGCUCACUCAUCAUCCCACAGUUUUGACGAUACGCGGUACGAGGACAAUCCUACCCCGGCUCCCUUGAACCUGAGUGGACGCGGUAGCGCGGCUUCGGGACAAUACAGCCCCUCUCAUGUAUCUUCUCAGCCUUCUUCUCAGCCUUCUUCUUUCGAGCAGCCCAAUGGAUAUGCACCGGCGUCUUCGACAGUGUCCGCAUCUCCGUCGGAACAUAUUACUCCGUAUAGGCCUCCGGUUCAUGACUCUGGCGAUCGCACUAGCGAUUACCAUCAGCCUCCGCGAACAUCUCCUGCCGUUGACCCUCAUAAUGGCUACCGCCAACCGUCGCAAUCCAGCCAUCAUGCUGACUUUGACAACCGCCACCGUUCUCCCUCGUACUCAGAGUCAUUUGACCCAAAUCUGCAGGACGACCCUAACUUGAGCACUGCACUUGUCCCGCGAAAAGCCUUCCUGGCCUCGGGCCAAUAUAAUAUGCAGGGCCAUAACGAACUUGCCGACACGCAGAUUGUGAAGGCCAACACCUUUGCGGCGCUACCAGCUGUGCCUCCAUCGCUUGUACCGGGUGUGGACCCCGCGUUAGCCCGAGAGGUUUCGGACCGAAUCUACGAGGAGCGCCGUCUUGAAAGGCAGCAGAAGGCCCAGAGCGUGGCAACGCCGCCUCAAGUACUGCGUGGUAGAGCCGAGUCCUAUGUCACCAAUGCGGGGUCGCCAGCCGCAUAUGGUUCGCCAGCGUACGACGCGAGGUCUAACGCUAGCUAUUCACACGUUCAGCAGCAGCAGACGCCUACGAGAUCGAGAGGGAUCUCGCGCAGUCCCGGACCAAGCCCACAGCCGAGCCCGCGUCCGAGCCCGAACCCGAACCAUACCAUCCGGCGGAAGUCGGUCAGCCCCGUGCCACCGCCUGCGGAGAACCGGAGACGGUCGGGAAUCCCGUUCGGUCCCGACUCGUACGAUGCGUUUAACCCGAAUUUCUCAAACAAGGACUCGGGAGGUCCCAGGGAUGAGUAUUUCGAUGCUGACGGCAGCAAGAUUAUCACGCAUGAUGGCCGGGAGAUUGAUCCGUCAGAUCACCUGCCUAUGGAAACUUGGGCACCGGAGCCGGAGCCGAGGGAGAAGAGGAGCGGGUCGUUUGGCACCCAAGGUUACGACUCUCUCAGGGGGUCGCAGCCGCCUCCACCGCAAAGCGGUCGCCGCCAGCUGCGCAUCGCGGGUCGACCUCAGUCCAUGGCCGUCGUCCCCGCGGGGUACAUGGACGAUCAACCGCGAACCCCACCUGCUCCUGGUAGUGCCGGGCGUAACAGGUUACAGAAGAAGUCAAGCCGAUUGCCAGCGCUACCAUCCUCUACGUCCCCUGCGGGAUCAAGUCCGCUGGCACCGAUCUCAUCGCACAAUUACAACGCGGAUUCGAGCGGUUUCACCCCUCCCCGGCCGACGCGCGCGAGCACGUGGGAUAAUUAUCCCAGCGAAAACGACGCGCCGCAAUACGGUAGCAGCCCCGGGAGAGGGAUGGGCGGCAGCGGGCCGGUGAUUCCUCCCAAAAUUCCCAUCCCGACCAUGAGCGGCGCGCUUGUGACGACGGGCCGUAAUAAUGGCGGCGGGUACGGUGACGGAGACUGGGCGUUGAUGGAGGAGAUGAAGAGUAUCGACAUUGGUUCCGGAAGGUCGAGGAGGCGGUAUGCCGGGUAUUGA